UGUUGAAUCAACACACUCACAAACACACACACACACACACACACGCACGCACGCACGCGUGACCGCGCGUGUGUGUGACCGUCGGAUGUGGCACUGUUUGUUGUAGCACGUGCGCGAGUUUUGGGAUUAACCAAUGCGGAAGUGAAAUCUGUUUCAAUUUGUUUAUUUGUUUUUCCUUUGUGAUGACGUGUGUGAGCAGUUGCGCGCUCGUGCGUGUUUGGCGCUUCCUCCUCCUCCUCCUCCUCUUCCCUGUGUUAGGGCUUGCGGCCGGCGGCGCGGAGCAUGCUGGAGUCUGUCCCAACUUUCUGAACCCUCACCUGUGGGUGGACGCGCAGAGCACGUGCGAGAGGGAGUGCAACACCGACCAGGACUGUGCUAUCUUUGAAAAAUGUUGCACGAAUGUGUGUGGUCUGCUCAGCUGUGUGGCGGCUCGUUUCUCAGAUGAUUCGUUCCCACCCCUUGCUGCUCCUGAUGGCCAACCAGGUACAAAUGUGUCCUCUGUGGGUGGGGCCAGCUGCGAUGACUUUGUGUGCAGCCAGCAGGGGGCGGAGUGUGUGAUGUGGGCGGGUCAGCCAGUGUGUAAGUGUCAGGAUCGUUGUGAGAGCGAGCCCAGCUUCACCUGUGCCUCUGACGGCUUGACGUACUUCAACCGGUGUUACAUGGACGCUGAGGCAUGUGUUCAGGGCGUGACACUCACUGUGGUCACAUGCCGAUAUCACCUGUAUGCAAGCCCCACCCCAUCAGACACCACAGUCCCACCCACGCCCACUUCCUCUGCCCCUUUUCCUCCUACUCUCUACUCCAACCCCCAGCACCGGAUUGUUUACCUGGGUGGAACUGUUAGCUUCCACUGCGAUGUGAUUGGACAGCCAAAGCCUGAUGUCACGUGGGAAAAGCAAUCAGAGCAUCAGAUCAUGCGGCCAGAUCAGAUGUAUGGUAACGUUGUAAUCACCAACAUCGGACAGCUCGUAGUGUACAAUGCUCAGGUGCUUGACACGGGAAUCUACACCUGUGUUGCACGCAAUUCAUUCGGAGUUCUGCGUGCUGAUUACCCUCUUUCAGUCAUUCGGCGUGAUGAACGUGAUGUCUUUGAAGACUCUGAAGCGAGAAUGGAUAUUCCUGAGCAGCUGUUUUCUCCGUCUGACUGUUUGGUGAGUGUAGAACGGGGAGAGUGUGGUGAGAGCCAUGUGGACUGGCAUUACGAUGCCGUGGUUGGCUCCUGCCAGCCCUUCACACACGGAGGGUGUCUACGUGGGAGGAACAGAUUUGAGACGUACGAGGACUGUCGGACCUCCUGUGAGCGUGAGGAGAUGGCUGUGUGCAACCUUCCAGCCGUCCAAGGCCCCUGCAGGAACUGGGAGCCCCGUUGGGCUUACAAUGCCGUCACCAAGCUAUGCCAGGCCUUUGUCUAUGGAGGUUGCCGUGGGAACAGCAACAACUUUCGGACCAGGACAGAGUGCCAGGCGAGCUGCCCACAUCAGAGGUCACGACAAUGUAGGAGCUGCAGGCCGAAGGGCAGGUUGGUGCCGAGUCUGUGCCGCAGCGACUUUGUCAUCGUUGGCCGUCUCACAGAGCUGAUCGAGGACCUGAACUCGGGAAUUGCACGCUUUAGCCUGGAGCAGGUACUAUGGGAUGAGAAGAUGGGUCUGAAGCUGUUCAAGGCCCGAUAUCUGGAGGUCACACUGGUCCGCAUGGACUGGAGCUGCCCAUGUCCCAACAUCACCAUGCAGGAAGAGGGCCCCCUGCUGGUGAUGGGGGAAGUGCAGGAAGGCAUGGCCAUGGUGCUGCCUGACAGCUAUGUGAGACCCAUGUCGGACCGCAGGGUGAAGAAAGUCCAGGAUGUUCUGGCCAAGAAGACUUGUGAGAUGCUGCAGAGGUUUCAGGACUGAGCCUGUGUGUGCUAACUUUCUUAAACCCUUCACUGGAUCUUUACAUUUGCUGAUAUUGCAUUUCUAAAACAUCACACUAAGCUUUAUGGAGUAAUGACUAUGUAACUGAAACAUUAUUCCAACUGCUCUGCCUCCUGUGUUGUUCAGGUGUUCAUCUUAAUCUUUUAUGAAUAGUCUGUCUUUCUCUGUGAAGGACAAUAUGGAGGAUGUCUGGCUUAGAAAAUAACUGUACAGAUUUUAAUCUUCUUAUCUUGGGGCUACAUAGGCAGCCAGAUACCAAGUGAUUUGUUCUUGAGGUGUGUUAUGCAUUAUAAUGUACAUAAUAUGUUUCUCUGAUUCUCUCAGCUUUAUAUAUGUGUUUAAGUUGACUUCAAUUCUUCAUUACAAUAAAAACAGUAACAUAAACAGUAACUACAGCAGGUGUAGGAGAACCACAUACACAAUAAAGACCGUGAUGUAUAUUAGUAAUAUAUACUAUAUACAUGUUUAGUGUUUUAAAUCUUUAAUACGAGAUGUAGUAUAUAACCCUGUGUUUACAAUAGCAAGUGAGUAGUGGUCUGUACACACCCAACAAUAAGAACAGUAGUGGUCACCACACACUUAAAAAUGAGAGCUGUAGUUGUUAAUACACACCCAGAAGUGAGAACUGUAGUGGUCAGUACACACCCAGAAGAGACCGACUGCAAGCAACACUUGAGAGACUUGUUAGUGUGCUAGUGUGAAUGUAGAGUUUUGCAGUGUGUAUGGAAAUUAGGAACCGGAGAUAAAGUAUUCUUUGCCCGUCUGGUUUUGAAACUUUAUAUUUUUUUACCUGACAGACUACCAUGAUUUAUUCUGAUGUGUGUGAUUGUGACAUGGUGCCAUUGUGUGUGUAAACUCACACAGAGACUGUUCAGAGUCAGAGCAGUGUUAUAUAUCACUUUACACACAAAGCUCAAAAUAAAACUUGAGUUUUUGAUAU